GGCUCCAUUCACGCCAACAAGUUUGGGAGAAUGUUGAGUUCAAUCGCGCCGGAGCCGCGAUGGAGCGCAGCGCACUGCAGUGGGUCGGCGCCCCGUGCGGCUCGCACGGCCCCUACGUCUUCUACAGGGCGUUCCGCUUCCAGCGCCGCGGCGGCGGCCGGGCGCGGGUCCUCUCCCUCGGCGACUUCUUCUUCGUGCGGUGCCGCGCGGAGGAGCCCGCCUGCAUCGCGGAGCUGCAGCUGCUCUGGGAGGAGCGCACCAGCCGGCAACUUCUCUCCAGCGCCAAACUUUAUUUUCUCCCCGAGGACACCCCGCAGGGCAGGACCAGUGACCAUGGCGAGGAUGAAGUUGUUGCUGUUUCAGAAAAAGUUACUGUGAAACUUGAGGAUUUGGCAAAAUGGGCACAGUCCGAUUUCUCCAAGUGGAAGUGUGGUUUCCGGGCUGAGCCGGUCCAGCCAAUGGAUGUGGGGAAGAAUGGGCAGAAAGAGGCCUUAACGAGAUACAGACAAUCCACGCUCAACAGCGGCUUGAACUUCAAAGACAUCCUGAAGGAGAAGGCUGACCUCGGUGAGGAUGACGAAGAUUCAAACCUGCUGAUUCUCAGCUACCCCCAGUACUGUCGAUACCGUUCCAUGUUAAAGCGCAUUCAGGACAAACCUUCCUCAAUACUAACAGACCAGUUUGUUUUAGCCCUUGGAGGCAUUGCAGUAACAAGCAAGAACCCCCAAAUCUUCUAUUGUCGGGAUACAUUUGAUCACCCCACCCUAAUAGAAAAUGAAAGUAUAUGUGAUGAGUUUGCGCCAAAUCUUAAAGGCAGACCGCGCAAAAAGAAGCCAUGCCCACAGAGAAGAGAUUCAUUAAAUGGCAUUAAGGAUUCCAACAAUAAUUCUGAAAGCAAAGCUGUUGCCAAGGUAAAAUGUGAGGCUAAGUCAGCUCUGCCCAAACCCAAGAGUAACAACAACAGCAACUGUAAGAAAGGCUCAAGUGAGGAUAAAUCAAAGAUUGCCGUAGGUGAAGAAUGCAGAGCUGAUGAGCAGGCUUUCCUUGUGGCUCUUUAUAAAUAUAUGAAAGAAAGGAAAACACCAAUUGAACGAAUACCCUAUUUAGGUUUUAAGCAGAUUAACCUUUGGACUAUGUUUCAAGCUGCUCAAAAACUGGGAGGAUAUGAAACAAUAACAGCCCGUCGACAAUGGAAACAUAUUUAUGAUGAAUUAGGUGGUAACCCUGGAAGCACAAGUGCUGCUACAUGUACUCGCAGACAUUAUGAAAGAUUAAUCCUGCCAUAUGAAAGAUUUAUUAAAGGAGAGGAAGAUAAGCCACUGCCUCCAGUGAAACCUCGAAAACAGGAUAACAGUUCCCAGGAGGGUGAAGUGAAAACAAAAGUGUCUGGAACAAAACGCAUCAAAAAUGAAAACCAAAAGAGCAAGAAGGAAAAAGAUAAUGCACAGAAACCCCAAGAUGCAUCUGAGAUUUCAUCAGAACAAGAGAAGGAUCAAGAAUCAACAGACCAGAAAAACUUCCCCGAACACCCUGCAGUGGGAGAGACAAAACAACCCGUGCAAGGCCCUCCACCUAUUUUACCAGAAACAGCUCGAACACUGCCUCUGGAAAAGACAGACCUGGCAGAAAACAGCACCAACAGUGAGAAAGCCAAGGAGGAGGCUCAGCACUCCUCCUCUUUCUCAAGUAUAUCUGUGCCCCCAGAAGAAGACACCGUGCUGGAUGCCACUGUCACAAAGCGAUUGUACGCCCCAACAGAUGCCCCAGAAGACACAAAGCCUGAACAAAGACUACACAAAGCUUUUACUGACAGCUUGGAAAGAGAACCUCCAGAAAUGCCCUUCACAGCUUUCCCAGUCCACCUGCCCACUCAGAGUGACAUGGAAGACGAGAAAUUGCCAGAGAUGGCCGAUUACAUCGCAAACUGCACAGUGAAAGUGGACCAGCUGGGAAACGAGGAUAUCCACAAUGCACUAAAGCAAACACCCAAAGUACUGGUGGUGCAGAACUUCGACAUGUUCAAGGAAAAGGAACUGCCUGGGUCCAUGAGUGAUGACUCCACUUUCGGUUACACGCCACUGCUGUACUCCAAGGGUAAUCCAGGCAUCAUGUCACCCCUGGCAAAGAAGAAGCUGCUGUCACAGGUCACCGGGGCAACGCUGUCGUGUAGCUAUCCUUACGGUUCUCCUCCACCUUUGAUCAGCAAAAAGAAACUCAACAGCAGAGAUGAACUGUCUUCAGGCAUAUCACAAGGUCCCCGUGCCCCUAAUUCUGAUCCUGUAGCAAUUAAUAGGCCUUCAGUCAUACAACAUGUACAGAGUUUUAAAACCAAGGAGGAAAGGAAGUCAAUUAAUGAUGUUUUUAAACAUGACAUGCUAAGUAAACCAGAUCCUCAGUGCUGUGAUUUUUCAAAACAUCACCUCAGUUCUCUUGCCGAGUCAUACGUACUGAAGUCAGAUAUCCAGGACUGCAAAGAUAAAAUGAGUGAGAAAAGGGCACUGCAGCACUCCCAUGUGCCCGCUUUCUUGGCAGAUUUUUAUUCAUCACCUCAUCUGCACAGCCUUUAUAGGCACACAGAACACCACCUUAAUAAUGAACAGACAUCAAAGUACCUCCCCCGGGACAUGUUCAGAGAGUCUGAAAAUAUUUCUACUUUUACUCAACACAAACACCAAGAAAAACUAAAUUUAAAUUAUCGCCCAUCUUUGCAUCAGCAAGAAAAAAAGGCAACGGUGGAGGCCUCUUCAGAUGAUCAGCCAACAGAUUUGAGUCUUCCAAAGAGCAUACACAAACAGACUGCAAAGGCUCUGGGCUCCAGCCUCCCUCAUUCAUCCAUGGCCCAGCAAGAGUGCAAAGGUAUCUCCGGGUUCCAGGCUGCGAGCAGCCAGGCAGUGAACCUAGACUGUAACCCCAAAGCUUGCCGCGUGUCCCCCAUGGCCAUGACAGUCCCAAAAAAACACAGCGAGUUGCUCCAUAGGUCUGGGAAGCAGCAGGCCCAGAGGCUGGAGAACUUGAGGAAGAUGGAGGGGAUGGUACAUCCUAUCAUCAGCCGCAGAACGAGCCCACAAAACGUGGGGGCUGCCCGACCUUUGAAACGGAACCUGGAAGAUUUGGACAAAGUCAUUUCUGAGAAAAAAAUCCGAGCUGUCUCUCCUCUGCACUUACCAAAGGAGACCCCAGUGAAAGACAAGGUUCCCGACCCAGAGGGGGAAGGCAGCAAGUCAGUGCAUGGCCUCCAUUCUGGCAACAUGCUGGAAAGCCACAAAUUUCCCCUCUCAGCCCCCAUCUUCCCAGGCUUGUAUCCGGGAAGCCUGUGCACAGGGCUCAACAAUCGCCUCCCACCCGGGUAUUCUCAUCCCUUGCAGUACUUGAAAAACCAGACCGUGCUCUCCCCACUAAUGCAGCCUUUGGCUCUUCACUCCUUCAUGGUGCAGAGACAAUUCCUCACAUCCCCAGCAAAUUCCCAGCAACUGUACAGACACUUAGCUGCAGCAACACCUGUAGGAAGUUCCUACGGUGACCUUUUGCAUAACAGCAUUUAUCCUUUAGCUGCUAUAAACCCUCAAGCUGCGUUCCCACCUUCCCAGCUAUCCUCUGUACAUCCCAGCACAAAACUGUAAACCCCCUCACUCACAAGAAGAGGUCUGAGGAGAAAAGUUCAGUUAGAGACAUUCCUCCCCCUGUGACGACGAUGUCUCACAGAUUUAGCGAUCUGUAUUUUUGUCAACCAGGAUGCAGUCAUAUCCCACCGAGAGGAGCGCUUCAGAGUUUUGAUGGAGACAGGACUGCUUCUUUAAUUCUGGCUCCCACAUCAGCCUCCCCACCCCUUAUCCCUGCCCCCACAAAAAAGAAAACCAAACAGAAAAAAAAAAAAAAAAAGAAAGAAAAAAAUCAUUGCAUUUUGCAUAUAUGUUUUCUGAAAGGACUUGAACAUGGUAGGAGCAGAUGUUCAAAGGGAGCUGUGGAAACACAGGCCCAGUCCUGAGCUCACUGAAACCCUGGUGAGGGCUGCUUUUGCCUUUCACUGAGCCAAGGACCAGAAGCUGUGCAUUGUUGCCAAUGAGUCAAGGACUUGAGAUGAACCUGGAAAGGAGAAACGGGCCGAGAAUCUGUACAAUCAGUGGAUGUGCUUUUUGGGGUAACUUUUCCUGACUUUAAAAGAUUCAAUCAAUGCAAUGUAUAGUAAAACGGCAAUAGAUUUUUUUCAUUUUAACACUAUUAGAACAGAAGGGUAAACACUGUUUAAUUUGACUGUACAUAUCCACUUCGUAAACUACCAGUGUCACAUUUGGUCACAAUAAUUUAUAUAGUUUCGUUUGUCCAGUAUAUUCUGUGCUCUUUAUGUUUGUUUUUUUGAGGUUUUUUUUUAAAUUAAACAGUAUCAUUUUAUCUGCAA